GUUUCUCCCUCUCGGCGCCGCGUCCCGGAAUCACCGCCGCCGCCGCCGCUUCCCGUUCUGUCCGGGCCACCUGCCGCCCGCGGCGGCAGCAUGACAGUGUCCGCCGCCGCCUCCCGCAGGUGACACCCCGCGGCCCCUUCCGCCUCUGCCGCCUCCUAUAUGGGCCACCUGCUCUCGAAGGAGGCAAGCAGCCUGAGCCAGGACCGCCGCUGCCGCCGGGGAAGGAAGGCGCCGCCGCGCAACCGGAGCUGCUUCCUGCGUGGGCCCUGCAUGCUGUGCUUCAUUGUACACAGCACGAGUCCGCCAAACCAGGAGCAGCACCUGGCCGCCGGGGACCCCGUCCUGCCGCCGCCGCCCUACGCGGCCCUCGCCGCUGCAGAUCAGCGCGCCGCCUGCCGCCUCCUCCGCUUGUCGCCUGCUGCCUGGGAGCCGCGGGGCCGCUGCCAGCGCCUGCUCUUCUCGAGUCUUCUGCCGUCGCCAGUGCGGGAGCUCCUGGGGCCGGAGAGGCCGCCCGGCGAGAUCGCUUCCGAAAUGGUGUGCAAGCGCAAGGGGGCUGGUUUGCCCGCUUGCCCGCCCUGUAAGCAGCCGCGUUCCGCGGCGGAGCCCGAGGCCUCCGCUUGCCAGUGCCCGGGAGAGGCGCAGCUCUGUGCCCUGCCGGCCGCUGCUGGCUGCGCGGCGGGCAGUGGGGGCGUGCCGACCCGGAGCACUGCCGAGGGCAGCGACGACGGGGGUCAGCCCGCCUCGCCACCGCCGGCCCCUGCGCCAGAGGAGAAGGAGAAAGAGAGAGGCAGCGAAACGGGUUGUGAGGAGCCACAGGAGCACCCGGGUGACUGCUGCCGUGAAGUGUUGCCGCCGCCAACCCCGGACAUUAACCAGUUGCCACCCUCCAUCCUCCUCAAGAUAUUUUCCAACUUAUCCCUGAAUGAACGUUGUCUUGCAGCAUCCUUAGUCUGUAAAUAUUGGCGUGACCUCUGUUUAGACUUUCAGUUUUGGAAGCAGCUGGACCUCAGCAGUCGUCAACAGGUUACUGAUGAGCUGCUGGAAAAGAUAGCAUCAAGAAGCCAGAAUAUUACUGAAAUCAACAUUUCUGAUUGUCGCAAUAUAUCUGAUACAGGAGUGUGCAUAUUGGCAAUUAAAUGUCCUGGGCUCCUGAGGUAUACUGCCUACAGGUGUAAACAGCUUUCUGACACCUCUAUUAUUGCAGUUGCCACUCAGUGUCCUCUUCUUCAGAAAGUGCAUGUAGGCAAUCAAGACAGACUCACUGACGAAGGCUUAAAGCAGCUGGGUUCAAAAUGCAGAGAACUGAAAGACAUUCACUUUGGACAAUGCUACAAAAUCUCAGAUGAAGGAAUGAUCAUUAUAGCUAAAGGCUGUUUGAAGUUGCAAAGAAUAUACAUGCAAGAAAACAAAUUAGUGACAGAUCAGUCAGUGAAAGCUUUUGCUGAACAUUGUCCUGAGCUGCAGUAUGUUGGAUUUAUGGGCUGCUCUGUAACAUCAAAAGGAGUCAUUCACCUCACCAAUCUAAGGAAUCUUUCAAACUUGGAUCUACGCCACAUCACAGAACUGGACAAUGAAACCGUGAUGGAAAUAGUAAAGAGGUGCAAAAAUCUUAAUUCCCUCAAUCUGUGUCUGAACUGGAUCAUUAAUGACAGAUGUGUGGAGGUGAUUGCCAAAGAAGGCAGGAAUCUGAAAGAGCUGUAUUUGGUGUCCUGUAAGAUCACUGACUAUGCUCUGGUAGCCAUCGGACGAUACAGCAUGACCAUAGAGACAGUGGAUGUUGGAUGGUGCAAGGAAAUCACAGACCAUGGAGCCACCCAAAUCGCACAAAGCAGCAAGUCUCUCAGAUACUUAGGGCUGAUGAGAUGCGAUCAGGUGAAUGAAGCCACGGUGGAGCAGCUGGUGCAGCAGUAUCCACAUAUAACCUUCAGUACUGUACUACAGGAUUGCAAGAGGACGUUGGAACGGGCCUAUCAAAUGGGCUGGACACCCAGUAUGUCUACUGCCUCUUAACCUCCUAUAAUAACGUUCCAAUUUGCUGCAUUCAGUAGUUCUAAUGGGGAUUGCAGAGGGUUCACAACCUUUGAUAUGAUGCAAUAUAAUUGUGAGUUUACAGAGGCUAUAGUAAAAAGGCAACAUUUACACUGAUUCUAAUGAACUGUACAACUAAGCACCAAUAUUAAAGCAAAACUUUAGAAAUGCAUCUUGAUUUUGUUUGAAUAAAAGAUAUGAAAGCAGAA